AUGAUUCUCGUCUUCCCAGACGGCGUGCUCGUCUCUGAGCAGCGUCGCGGGAGACUGCGCUUUUCCCGAAGUGGUUCGCUGUGGGGGAUGGGCAGGGAAGGAGCGCUCACCGCAACAGACCGUCUCGGGGCGGGGCGUCCCCGGCUGGCCACCCAAUUCCGCCGUCAGCCUCGCCCCGCUUAUCUGCAAUCUCAGCCCGUCAGCAUCGCCUUCGCUCGGCCCCUUGCCUCGAUCCCCUCGCCAUCUGUCCAUCCCUCGGGCGGCACACGCGGCCAGCCAAGCUCCCGAGCCAUCUCCCCCAUCGACCGACGCAUGCUCUCAGCCCAGCGCCGGGACGAGCCCAUACCACACAGACCUGUGUGUACUAUGCAUGUGCCAGCCGUGGGGGCCCCGGGAAACACACAGCCCUCGACAAGCGUGCCCGGCCAAGAGGCGCACGAAAGCGGCUCCGGGGCAUGGCCCGCGAGAGACUCCUGGCCUUGGGCAGCUUCCAGGAGCUGUGAUACUGUCCCCGAUGGGCUAGAACGCAUGCACAAGCUAGCCGGUGAAUGGUGUGCCCAGGAACCCGGCCCGCCUCGCCUCGCUCUCCCUGGCCCUCCGUUCGACGAGCACGCCAGGGCCUGCCUGCCCUGUCCAGCCGUCCGUCUGCGCCAGAAACCCCGGGGCCCUGCACCCACGCCAGUCUUCCUCGCCUGCUUCCGCGCCCCGCCCGCGCCGAGAAAGGCGACUGGACUAUGGAGCGGGAUGGCCGGCGGACCUUCUGGGCGUGCGGGUGCGCGGACCCGGCCGGGGGGUUCUUCGGCGCCGGCCGGGCUGGGCUUGCGCAAGCGCUCGAGUCGGGGCCGCCUGGGGACCGUGGCGGUGUCGCUGGAGAGGCCCGAUCUCUGUCUGAGCAGCCUGCCUCCAGCGAGCGCCCUCCGAAGGAUCGACGGCGCUGUUAAAGUUUCAAUCGGCCAGACUUAUUGCAAUGUGGCUUGCAUCCACAUUGAAAUAAAUACACCCUUGCAACUCAUCCUAUGUAACUCAUCAGUGUUCACGUAUGAACUGGAACCUAAUCCUUGA